AUAUAUAUAUAUAUAUACAUAUACAUAUAUAUAUAUGUAUAUAUAAAAUAUUAUAUGAGUAAAGAAAUAUAGGUACAAAAAAUUGAUUUCGAUGUAAUCCAUAUGGAAACAUUUCGUUUGAUAUUAAGUUAAAUGGAAAAAGUUGAACGAAGAGAGAAGAAUGAAAUAAAAUAAAAAAGAAAUAAACAAAUAAAUAAAAAUAAAUAAAAAUGAAAAAAAAGAAAAGAACUGAAAAACAGGUACUACAACAAGGAGACGACAACAGCAACAACAACAACAACAACAACAACAACAACAAGAACAACAACAUCCCCGCGCUAUACUACCGAAGAAUCUUCUACCGAGAAAUUGUGGUUACCCGAUGAUGCCAUUGAUCAAAGAUUUGGCUACUUUGUGGCUAGCCAAGCAGAGAAUCGAUUUUCCUUAUCGAUGUGAAAAAUGUGGAAAGGGUUAUCAGCAUCGUGCUACGUUGUUGAGACAUACCAGACACGAAUGUGGCAAGGAACCACAAUUCAAGUGUCCUUACUGCGUUCAUCGUACCAAACAACGUGUGGUAACCUGGUCAGUCUAUCAACAACCAAAUCAUGAGGAGAAAAUGUCUGGAUUAUAUAAGGUACCAUACAUGAUGUAUUGCCCGACUAUUAGGACAUCCCAAAGAUUGAGUAGCUGUCUUGAUAGAAAACCUGGUUGCUUCAAAUGUCCAAGAUGUGGUAAAGGUUAUCGUUGGCUAAGAAACAUGAAGAAUCAUCUGAGAGUCGAAUGCGGAAAGGAUCCAAAGGAAUGUUGUCCUUAUUGUCCUCAUAGGACCAAAUACAAGAGCAGUUUACAGAAGCAUAUACAACGAAUACAUUUUGGUAAGAAGUUUACAUGUCAGAGUUGUGGACGUUCCUACGUUUGGAAGAAGACAUUAAGUCAGCAUCAGAAAAUUUGUGGAAAGUCACCAAAAUUUUUUUGUAUCGUCUGCGACUUCAAAACACGCUUCAAGGAGAAUCUUAAGAGACACUUUUACAACAAACACAAGAUACGCGAGAAGAAAGAAUACAUUUAACGAUGUAUUAUUUCGGUUGUAACGAGAUCGAUUGAAUUUUGGUGUAAUUUUGUUUCUUUUUUGCUUCUUUUUUGUUGUUUUUUUUUUGUUUUCUUUUUCUGAUUUUCUUUUUCUUUAUUCCUCCUAUAUCUUCUUUCAAUUUUUAUUCCCAAUGGCAAUAAAGAUUAUAAUUAUUUGAUAAGAAAAUAAUAAAUCGAUUGUAUUCAUUAUACUUUAUUAUACGACAUAUAUAUAUAUAUAUAUAUAUAUAUAUAUAUAUAUACACACAUGUAUAGAGGGUAUCCCAAAACUGAUUAUCGACCCUUCGAGAAGUGACAGCUGAGAAAAAGGUAAAAAUUUUCUGACGGAAAAUUUUUCCUAUCACUUUUGUCUUCAUUGAUCGUUGUUAUUAUUAUCAUUACCCUUUUUCGUGUAUCUUAAAGAUCGAUUAUAUGCUUUGAAACAAUCUAUAUAUUUAUGACUUUUUAGAUUAAAAUGUUUUAAUACGAUGUAUCUAAUAAUAUCUCUUUUGUGAGUUUCUUUUUUCAGAUUUGAAGAAUAUCAACGUCUCGAGGCUUUUGGUUGAAUGAUUUAACAGUUAUACACAUAUACAUACACACACACAUACCUACAAAUAUACAUACAUACAUACAUACAUACAUAUAUAUAUAUAUAUAUAUAUAUAUAUAUAUAUAUAUAUAUAUAUAUAUAUAUAUAUUAGAGCUGAUGUAGACCGUAAGUAUCAAUAAUGCACGAUAUAGAAACGCACGCCAUUGUCAAUGUAAUUGUUGAAGGCUGCUCCCCGAAGGACUCGGAGCAAGAAAAGCAUGAACGAUGUGUCUGAUGUAGAAAAUUAUUUCUAAUGCGUUAUAUAUAUAUACACACACACAUAUAUAUAUAUAUCUUUCUAAGUACUUGCCCUUUCUCUCGGAUUUUUUUCAAGACAGAAUGGAUAUCGUAGCUCCAAGUUAUAAUAUUUUAAUGGAAUAAGGAAAACGGAGGGAAACGAAAGUGAAAAAAAAGAGAAAGGAACAGACAAACAAACAAGAAAAAGAAAGAAAAAAAAGACGAAUUGAAAAAAAAAUUUUCAAGAAGAAAAAGAAAAAUUUAAAGAUACUCGAGCCGAGGCAUGCGCUUCGAUGUUUUUUAUUAGAAGGCACCGAGAGAAUAUAUUUGUUUUCUUGCAUUUUGCGACAGCUAAAUAAGCGUGCAAUGACGAUGAUGAUGGAUAUUCUUAUUAUUAUUAUUACUAUUAUUAUUGUUGUUGUUGUUGUUGUUAGUAUUGAUUAUUUAUUUAUUAUUAUUUUUUCUAUUAGUUUUAUUAUCUUCCUUCUUUUUUAUUUUUUCUGUUUUUUUUUUCUAUUUUUUUUUUCCUUUUUUGUUUUCAAGUUCCCAUUACUAUCCUUUAUUACCGAUCCAAGAACUCCGAAUAAAAAAAAAAAGAUUGUCCACCUGUUCCUAUUGUUAUUAUUGAAGAAUAGCAAUUAUCGUUUAUUGAAAUGAAUUUUUCU